ACACAGAGAAGACACAAAACCAGAGGUGAAGGGCAAACUGUCUGCAAAUAUACCCUGUUACCCAGUCAUCCCUGAAACAGAAGUUAAACUUGAGGUUACAGCACAAGUAUGCCAGAUAAAGUGUGCAAGUUUCAGGGUCAGUGUUAUCAUAAACUGAAGAAGGCAUGUUCGAAGAGAGGUGCUCUGUUCCAAGAUCCAUACUUUCCUCCCUCAGCUGAGUCAUUGUUCUACAAAAGAGCGCCCCCUCCAGGAGUAACAUGGAAAAGACCAAAGGAAUUAUGUAAGGACCCACGACUAUUUGUGGAUGGAAUCAGCACAAGAGAUCUGCAUCAGGGCAGCCUGGGCAACUGCUGGAUGGUAGCUGCCACAUCCUGUCUGGCAUCAGAACCAUCACUCUGGAAGAAGGUAAUUCCUGACCAUGCUGAACAGGAGUGGAACCCAAAACGUCCCGACCUGUACACUGGAAUUUUUCACUUUUGUUUCUGGCGACUGGGACAGUGGACAGAUGUUGUAGUGGAUGAUCGUUUACCUGUCAGUGAUGAUGGAACACUGCUUUUCUGUCGUUCUGCAACCCCACGGGAAUUUUGGAGUGCUUUGCUGGAGAAAGCCUAUGCCAAACUCAAUGGAUGCUAUGAAGCUCUAGAGGGAGGAAAUACUGCUGAAGCUCUGGUUGAUUUUACUGGUGGUGUUUCUGAAUCACUCAGUCUGGACCAAGAGAAACUGAUGCAGCAUACUGGCCAGAGGAGGCUGAUGUUCCAAACACUAGCCUAUGCCCACAGCCAUAAAGCACUUAUUACCUGCUCCAUUCGGCCAGCAGAAGGCGAGCAAGUAGAAUCAGUUCUGGAUUGUGGACUGAUAAAGGGCCAUGCAUAUGGUGUGACAGCAGUCAGGAAACUCCGCAUGUCAGAGAAUCUACAAGUUAUGUGUGGUACACCCCAUAUAUUUUUGGUGCGGAUGAGAAACCCAUGGGGCACAACUGACUGGACAGGAGCUUGGAGCAUAGGAUCUCCUCAGUGGCAGCAUCUCGGGCGCAAGGACAGAGAGAAGAUUGGGCUUAUUGUCAGAGAUGUGGGAGAGUUUUGGAUGGAGUUUGAAGACUUCUGCCGUUACUUCACAGAUAUGGUGGUGUGCAAAUUGCCGGAAAAAUCCCUUUUCUGGCACAAGACCUACUGGAGGGAGGUUCGAUGCCUGGGGGCCUGGACAUACAUACUUGGAGUUCCACCUACACCUUCUUCUGCCCAUAUGCCCAUCAAGACCCAGAAGCCUUCUACAGGACUCCAGUGGUCCAAACAAAUGCCAACUGAAAGAAGAGAUCAAAAUGAGCAGAAAUUAAGUCAAAAAUUGAAGGAGGGACAAACUCGGGGAGAAAAAAAGAGAAAAAGGGAAAAUCAAGUAGUGAAGGAAAGGUCAUUGAGAGGAGGACAUAGACCAUUAAAAGAGAAGUGUGUGGAAAAGCCGGAGGGAGUAGGGGAGAGAAGAUUGGAGAGACAAAUGGACAAAAGAAGUCGAUGUGGAGGGUGUAUCAAUCACAGAGACACGUUCCUAUACAACCCCCAGUUCAUGUUUGAAAUUGGUGGAGAUGGAGAUGAGGUGUUAAUAUGUCUGCAGCAAGAGGACAGGAGGAUGAAAAGGAAGGAAGGAAGAGGGGAGAACUUACCAAUUGGUUUUGAGGUUCUAAGGGUGGAGGUGAAUCGUGUGUGGCGGGUACAGUGUUUAUGUGAGCAGGCCGCUAGCUCAGUGUAUAUGGACUCUCGAAGUGUCACACUGCGUGUGACCCUUGGCCCUGGUCGAUAUGUUAUCAUCCCCACUACGUUCCAGCCUGGAGACACUGGACAGUUCCUACUCCGUUUUUUCUCACGCUCACAUGUGUGCCUCAGAGAGUUAAAGAAAGAACCACCUGCUCCUUCAUUGUGGCAUUGUUGUGUUCCAGAGCCAAGUGCUGUAACUACAGUCCAUCUUCUAAGAGCCUCUGGCUUCAGCAAGCCCAAACAAACAGCUCCUGGUGUGUAUGCUAUAAUCCGGUGUGAAGUGGACUCUGUCAGGACCCGAAUUUUCCAAAAAGAUGGAAGCCCCGAAAUGAACACCAAAGCCAUCUUUUACAGAAGGAAUCCCAAAUCCCAAAUCUCCAUUGAGCUAUGGAAAAAAGGUUUGCUGUUGGACUCAUUUCUGGGAGCAGCCCAACUUCAGACAAGAGGUGAUGAGCGAGGACGGAACAGAGUGAUUGACUUGCAGGGUGGCCAGUCACGAGGAUGUGUUUUUGUAGAGACCUCCUCAAGCCAGUGCCUCACUGACCUCUGACUGACAGGUGUGCUCAAGGUAAAGACAGGUAGUAAUGAUGUUGGAUUGAGCAAGAAAAAACAAUCAAUCUGCCAUCUCUAUCAUAAUUUAUUGCCACAUUACCAUGGCCAGUGGAAUUUAUUCCCAUGACGUGAUGGACAUCCCCUUGGAUGCUCUGCUCAAGGACACAACACAAUGUUUAUGUGCAGCAUCUUUCAAUAGAAUUUAUGGAGGAAUCUUCAUGUUGCCUGCCUGGAGAACACUGUACCACCCUAGAAGACCACAGACAUAAUUUCAAGCGAUUUGUUAUGCUGUAGGUUUAGUUCUUUGAUUUACUUUGAAGACAUCUUGUUACAGAGUAAUUAUGGUCAUAAUGUUUAAAAACAUGUCAUAAUACCAUGUCUGAAGGGCAAAAGAAAUAUUAACAAUGCCUUAAUUUAAAGUACUGUAUUUUACAUUUCAUUAUGUAAUUGACAGAAAAGUUA